AUGAGCAAAAAACAUAGUUUCAAGCCAUAUUACAUUUCUGGAGGCAGAUACUGGAAAUGUAAAGCUAAAGGUGGUAAAGGACGUAUUAAAAAAAUAACAGUAAGCGCGUCCCGAGAAAUUGGACAAUACCUCCGAAGGCAAUCUUCUCUUUCUGCUAAAUCUGUUGCUGUUAAAUUAGAGGAUAUAGGA